AUGGAAGCCCCACUGGUGAGUCUGGAUGAGGAGUUUGAGGAUCUGAGACCCUGCUACGUUGAUGACAGAGAAGAAAAACCCCAUUGUUUUUAUGGCUCAUCCCCUCAGCAUCUGGAAGAUCCCUCCCUUUCUGAGCUUGAGAACUUCUCCUCUGAAAUUAUCAGCUUCAAGUCCAUGGAAGACUUGGUGAAUGAAUUUGAUGAGAAGCUGAAUGUCUGCUUUCGGAAUUACAAUGCCAAAACCGAGAACCUGGCUCCUGUAAAAAAUCACCUCCAGAUACAAGAGGAGGAAGAGCAUCUUCAGGAUGAGGAGUAA